AUGAGCCAAAUAAGAUCAGAGCUUUUACAUUCACAAAAUAUUGCAACAAUUGACAAGUUAUUAAAAAUAUACAAGCAAAAUAUUGCAACUUUGUUUGAACAAAUAAGUCAUGAUAAUAAUAGUAAAGAAGAAUUUAUAUUGUCAGAUGAAGAUACUGAUAAUGAUUAUAUUAAUAUGAAAGAUGUUAGAGAUAGUGAUCAUAUAGAAACAGUUAAGUGUGUAGAUAACUGGAAAGUAAUUGUAAAAUGCUGGAUAAAUUUAACUGAAGAUAAUGAUCAUAUGCAAUAUAAUUCAGCUAGUUUAGAUGAAUCAGAAAAUUUAGAUAACUUAUAUGAUGAAGAUGAAGUAAUAUAUCAAAAUUAUUUACUUCACCCUGCAGAUAAUUUGGAAGCAAAGUGGAAAUUAACAGAUACUUUUGUGGAUUCAUUAGUACAACCUAAUUCUAUUUAUUUGCUUUUAGGUGAUUAA